AUGUUACGCCAAGAUCUGUCAGGGAUGUACUUCUCCACCCACGACAGAGAUAAUGACAGACUUGGUGGUAACUGUGCAGCUAAUGGGAAGGAGGGUGGUGGAGAAUAUAAUACGCAUUCGUUGGCCAAGUGUGCCGCGAUGUGUCUAGGAGAGUGCUUCUUCUUUGGUUUCAAUUCUCAAAUAAAGAAAUGUCGUACCCACAACGGAAUAUUCACGUCUGAGACGUCUGAUGAGGCCGGUUGGAGAUACUACUCUGAUGGCGCUUUAGUUCUCCCCAGAGAUUGUAAGGAUCUUCACCAGGACGGACAAAGCAGCACAGGGGUAUAUGAUGUAUACCCCUACCGUGCCUUAACCAUCCCUGUCCGUGUGUUCUGUGACAUGACGACGAUGGGCGGGGGAUGGACGGCCAUUCAGAAACGGGUAUACGGAUCUGUAAGCUUUGACAGGAACUGGACGGAAUAUAAAAAUGGUUUUGGUUCACCGGAACAGAAUGUCUGGGUUGGAAAUGACGUUAUCCAUAUGUUAACAAAGGGAAAAGAUUCAUCCCUUUUUGUUUCCAUCACUCUCCAGGAUCAAACAACGUUUUAUGAAAUGUACGACGGAUUCUCUAUCUCGGACGAAACAGAGAAAUAUCAACUCUUUCUUGCGGGACCUGCUGGGGGGACCUUAGGAGACAGUAUGUUAGAUACUGGUUAUCCUGACUACAGUCUGUCUGGGAUGUACUUCUCCACCCCGGACAGAGACCACGACAGGUGGACUGGUAACUGUGCUGCUGUUAAUGGAGGAGGUUGGUGGUUUAACGCCUGUAACCACGCCUUCCUUAACGGCGCUGGUCCCCGGGAGACUGGUCCGUACCAUGGCGUCCUACAGUAG